AUGGCUAUGAGUUCAGAUAAAGAGAUAAAAAGGGACUUGAAUAAACCAGCAAAGAGUUUGACUUCACAAGUGCAUCCUCGGGACUGCCCUUACCCACGAGAACUACCAGCACGACCAGGGGAGGCUGGACCCCACCUCUCGGAUCGCCGUCACCCACCCUCCCCCCCGAAUUUUCCACCUCGCAGGCAGCAGUCAAACCCAGACUUUCGAUCAUGGCGCCUCGCACGCCCCCGCCCCCUUCCCCCGGCAAAAUCCCACCCACGUCGACCUGACCCCCAGGGCUGUGUGAGCGCUGCGGGGGGCGGGAGAAGUCCCUUCCCCUCUCCGGGUUGCUCGGGUUUUUGCAAUUCAACGAAACCGACUAACAGUAUCCUUUCCCGAUCCAGGGCGGGGGCGGCGCCCACAGGACCUUCUCCCUCGCCUGGGUGCGAAGACGCGGCCCCGCCCUUCGCGCCGGGGCAGCAGCCCCCCAGCGCGAGUUCCCUGUCACCGGCCCGAAGAAGCCCCCCAGGGCCCCGGCCCCCGGGAGCGAAGGGCCACCGCGAGGUGGGGGCCGCGCCGCAGGGACAGCCGUGCACACAGCCCGGCAGUGCACGGAAUUGUGAAAGAAGGAGUUUUCUUCCUGGCUUCGCAUCCUUUCACAUAUUCCACCUUCCGGUCCCCUCAGACGGGCUACGGGAAGGCGGGCCUGAGGGAAGCAGGACAUCGAUAAGGGCAAAAACACCCGCUCAGGGGGGUCUCUCCCAUUCCGGCUUUUGUUCGGGUAGUGCGCCGAGCCGAGGAGCCCCAGGCUCCGGUGCUGGGAAAGGCGGGUCCGUCCGGAUUCUUCGGGCGGCGGAGAGGCCAGCCCGGGCCGGAGACACCGCGGGGCCGCCCUGCCCUCCGGGCUGUGCUCCAGGGCAGCGCCUCAGAAAGGGGCUAAGCCGCCGAGCUCGGAGGCGCUCCCAAAGGUCAGACAAAAGAUGUGGCCGCUCUCGCUUACACUCGCACACACAUGCCAAGCGUGCACGUAGGAAAGGUGUGUGCGUGUGUGUGCACAGACGCCACGGCCGCGCCCCCAGCCCGCCGGCCCCACCCUGCCCUCGGCGGCUCGGGAGCCGCGUCGCGCAGGGGCCGCGGAGCCCGCCUCGGCAGGCUGCAGGGCGAGGGGCGGGGCCGGGCGGGGCCGCGGGCGCGCAGGCGCAGUGCGGGCCUCGUCGCGCCGCGGCCGCCGCCGCCGCUGCCCGCGCUGCACCACAGGCCCGAGACAGACAGGCCGGGAAGAGCCGGAGACUGAGGAGGAGGCGGAGGCGGAGGCGGCGGCGGAGGCGGGGCGACUCCGGUGACCGGGAGCGCCGCAGACUGGCAGCUGCGGCGACUCCCCCCUUUGUGUCUGGUCUGCUCGGAGCCACUGGAAGUGCUUCCCGGAGGGGCGCGGGCUGUCUCGCCGCCUCGCCGCCCACCCCCCUCCCCAGCGCCUACAUCCGCCCUCCCGCCGCCCCCCGCCCUCGGCCCGCGACGCCCGAGCUCCGCCCGGAGCCCAGAGCUGCGGGAGAACGAGGCGGCGGCGGCGGCGGCGGCUUUCUCGGGGGAACGAGACCGAGCGGCGGCAAUAAAAAGGAGCGAGCGAGGCGCGCACCCGGCACCUCCCCGCCGCCCCCUCCGCGCCGGCCCGCGGGACCCUCGGCGCUCCGCCCGGCGUGCGGGCUGCGGGCUUGUCCAUGGAGGCAGGCUCCUUUUUCGCUGCGGUCGAGGAAGAGGAUUUGUUGUUCCCGAAAUCGGAGUGAAGGAAGCGCCGAAGCGAAACUUAAAGGAAUCCUGCCCUCCCGGAGCCCCGGGGAUGCGCCUCGGGCCGCCGGGCGCCGCCGCCGCCGCCCGCCCGGCUUCGCCCUGCCCGGCCGCCGGCACCCGGUGCUGAUCGCCGCCCCGCUCCCGCCCUCCGGCCUCGGCGCCCGGCUAUGCUCUCGCCCCCACCCGGCUCGCUCUCCGCUCUGGUGA